ACGGCGGCUAUUCCCAAUUGUAAAGAAAUAUUUUUUUAUAUUUCAUACAAUUAUUGAAAUAAAACGUUUGAGACUACGCCGCACAUUUGACCGCAUCAUCAAAAAGCAGCGCUUAAACAAAGCGAUUAAUAUUAAUCGACACCGCAGACAACAAACAAAAUGUUGGCAAAUCAAUGCCGCUGGCGGUCCUUCAAUGCCGGCUGCCUGGGCCUGAGUCUGACGUUGUAUUUCAUCUUUGUGGUCGGUUUCAUGAACAUGCAGAGCGCGAAUGCCGCUGCAGUCAUGUCCGUGGACUUGGGCACUGAAUGGAUGAAAGUCGGGGUUGUGUCGCCUGGCGUUCCUAUGGAGAUUGCCUUAAAUCGCGAAUCGAAACGCAAGACACCGGCGAUUCUCGCCUUUCGAGAUGGAAUGCGGACUUUUGGAGAGGAUGCGCAGACUAUUGGCAUACGUGAGCCAUCGGCGGCCUACGGCUAUCUGCUUGAUCUGCUGGGCAAGACAAUUGAUAAUCCAAUUGUCGACUUAUACAGAAAACGUUUUCCGUACUACGACAUUGUUGGAGAUCUAAAACGAAAUACGGUGGUCUUUAAACGUGGCGAUGACGAAACGUUUUCGGUGGAGGAGCUCAUUGCUCAAAUGCUUGUAAAGGCCAAAGAGUUCGCUCAGGAAUCCACCCAGCAGCCGAUUGCGGAGUGUGUGUUGACCGUUCCCGGCUAUUUCGGGCAGGCGGAGCGUGAAGCUCUGUUAGCUGCAGCCCAAUUGGCUAAUCUGAAGGUGCUCCAGCUGAUCAACGACUAUGCAGCCGUUGCUCUCAACUAUGGUGUAUUCCACCGUGGCGAGAUCAAUGAGACUGCCCAAUACUUUUUGUUCUACGAUAUGGGCGCUUACAAGACCUCGGCGGCUGUGGUCAGCUAUCAGUUGGUGAAGGACAAGCAAACGAAAGAAACAAAUCCGGUGGUGCAGGUCUUAGGCGUGGGCUUCGAUCGCACUUUAGGUGGCUUGGAGAUUCAAUUGCGUUUGCGCGAUUAUCUGGCCGAUGAGUUCAAUGCACUGAAAAAGACAAAGACUGAUGUGAAGAGCAGUCCACGAGCGCUUGCCAAAUUAUUUAAGGAGGCCGGACGUCUGAAGAAUGUGCUGUCAGCCAAUAACGAUCACUAUGCCCAAAUCGAGAACCUCAUUGAGGAUAACGACUUCAAGCUGCAGGUGACGCGCGAAAAGCUCGAAGAAUUGUGCGCCGAUCUGUGGCCACGCGCCACCAAACCACUAGAGCAGGCACUCGCUUCUUCCAAUCUCUCACUGGAUGUGAUCAAUCAGGUGAUACUGUUUGGCGGUGGCACACGUGUUCCCCGUGUCCAGGAGACUAUCAAGGCACUCAUCAAGCAGGAGCUGGGCAAGAAUCUGAAUGCCGAUGAGUCGGCCACAAUGGGUGCUGUGUAUAAGGCAGCUGAUUUGUCCGCCGGCUUCAAAGUAAAGAAGUUUGUAGUUAAGGAUGCCGUUCUUUAUCCCUUGCAAGUGGCCUUCGAGCGUGAUCCUGGCGAUGGUGCCGCUGUGAAGCAUGUAAAGCGCUCGCUCUUCGCCCUAAUGAAUCCCUAUCCUCAGAAGAAAGUCAUCACAUUCAAUAAGCACACUGACGACUUUGAAUUCUUUGUCAACUAUGGCGACUUGGAGCGUUACACGCCCGAGGAAGUGGCGGCUAUUGGCAGUCUGAACAUCACACGAGUCGAACUGAAGCAGGUCAAGGAAUUGCUGGAGAAAUCCAAGAAGGAGUCUGUAGACAACAAGGGCAUCAAAGCUUACUUCUAUCUCGACGAUUCUGGAAUCUUCCGCUGCACGGGCGUAGAAUAUGUCUACGAUAAGCAAAAGCUGGUAGAGGAAGGCGACGAGGACAGCACUCUAGCUAAGCUGGGCAGCACCAUCAGCAAGCUCUUCACCAAAGAUGGAGAGAAGGCUAGCGACAAUGCGGAUGCAUCCAAAAAGGAUCAAGAUCAGGAACAGGAAGAGCAGGCCACUGGUGACGAUGGCAGCAAGUCAGAGAGCAGCAAACGCCAGGCGUCUGAUGCUGAGGAGCAAGCACAGAACAAACCUGACGAGUCCAAACCGGAAACUGAAAAGAAUAAGGAGAAGGAGAAGAAUGAGACCAUCAAGCUUGUGACUAUAAAAACGCCUGUGGUGCACAGCACUCACCUGCAAUUUGCUCCCCCGCUCUCCGGUGCCGCUUACGACAGUUCGCAGGUCAAACUGCAGGCCAUCAACAAGGCAGAGGAGCAUCGCGUUCGUCUGGAGUCCGCCUUCAAUGCCCUUGAGUCGCACAUCAUUGAAGUGCAGCAGAAAUUGGAUGAGGAGCAAUAUGGCAGCUGUGCCACUGACGCUGAGAAGGAGAAACUACUGAGCGAGUGCAGCACCCUAUCCGAAUGGCUCUACGAGGACCAUGAGAAUCCCGUGCCCGAACUAUAUGAGGAUAAGUUGACGCAACUAAAGAAAUUGUCGAAUGUAUUUCUCGCUCGUCACUGGGAGCACGAGGAGCGUCCCGAGGCCAUUAAGGCGCUCAAGGGUAUGAUCGAUGGAGCUGACAAGUUCCUGCUUACUGCACGCAAUCUUACCAAGGACAUCAACCCGGACAAGGAUGUCUUCACUCAAGUCGAAAUCGAUACGCUGAUCAAAGUCAUAAGCGAGACAAAUGAGUGGGUCGAGACGGAGAAAGCUGCCCAAAACAAACUGAAGCGUAAUGCCGAGGUUCGUCUAACCGUCAAGGAUAUAACGGAGAAGAUGGCGCUGCUUGAUCGCGAAGUUAAAUAUCUGGUCAACAAGAUCAAGAUCUGGAAACCGAAGGCGAAGCCCGCCGACAAGGAGAAGACCAAAGAGACUGAAAAGGACGGCAGUGGAGACCAGCACGGUUCCGCGGACAAGGAGGAGCCUGCCCAGGCAGAGCCUCCUAGCACCGACCAGGAACAUUCCGAAGAGGCCACAGAAACGCCCUCACCAGAUGUCGAUGACAAGACACCCCAUGGUGAACUCUAAACUGAUCUGAUCAUCAUGACAUAGACAUCAGUGCCUGGAAGCUUUCUACCGAGUUUCUAGCAAAGUAACGAUGAUGGGGAGCUGGAGAAGAAGGUGAAGCAGGAGCAGUUGUUGCGAACGCAGUGCGUGGAAAGCUAUAUAGGAUAGGAAAAAGGAGGUCAGGUUUUUUGUAGUAUUUUUUGGGGCGGGGCUGCGACGUCACUGCAAUUUAUGUUGAUGAUAUUUGAUGAGGAACAAGUUUUUGAAGCGUGAUAAUCAAUGGAUGAUAAUACCGGGGGGCGUUCGCUUGUUAUGAAUAG